UGUCACAUCAUUCUUGACGGAGGCAGCGAUUUCGACACUCCUUCACACAAUUCAGUCUUCAACGCGAACCGAACUCUCAAGGCUCCCACGGGUCCCUGCUGAGCACACCUAUGUCACAGCCAAGUCAGAGUGCCUGGAAGGCACACGGGAGAAGAUACAGGCGUCUAUAGUCGAACAUCUGAAGAAAGCAGGGAACAGAUUCGUCUGGCUGCGAGGCUCACCCGGAAUGGGAAAGACUGCGAUUUCCCUGAGCAUCGCGUCCGACUUGGAGAAACAGUGCAUAUUAGCGGCAUCCUUCUUUUGGGAUAAGAAUCAACCGGGAACGGGACUUGAUUCCAUUAAACAGUUUCCCUCCACUAUUGCACAUCAACUUGCAUCCUUCAAUGAGGAGUUCAAGCUCUCACUUGUCAAACGUCUUCGGCAGCGAGGUUUUGAACUAGUGCAGAAUCUCCCUCUAGAGAAGCAAAUGAGGGCUCUGGUUGUUGAGCCUAUGGGUGAUCUCAAGAAUUUACUGUUGUCGAGCAAGGACCGCUUCAUCAUCAUCUUAGAUGGCUUGGAUGAGUGCGGGGAUCAGGAAGCACUUGGAACCUUGAUGAAGCUUGUGCUAAUGCUUGGCGCUUUACCUUCCACAUUUACUGUUUUGGUUAGUUCUCGCCCAGAACCGCAGGUUAUCUCAGCAUGGGUCGAUGCUGAGGGUGGAGGUUUCAACAUCCCAUAUGAAGAUGUUGACGAGAUUGGAGAGGAGACUUUGCACACAGUCCGAUGUAUGGUGGAGGAGGGCCUUCAAGAUUGUGUCAAGAAAUCUGCGUGGAAGCCAUCCCCGGAGGAUUUUGAUACCUUUGCUUCGGCUUGCCGUGGAUUGCCUGUUAUGGCCUCAAUCCGCAUACGUGAUGUCCGCACUCGGACUCAACGCGGUUCCACUCUCAAGCGGGAGUUUGAAUACCUUCGCAAUCUCAGAGAUGCACCACUUGACCUAAAAUCAGAGUAUCUACGAAUACUGCGGCGAGCAUAUAUGUCUGACCAAUCUACUAUUCCUUCACACGUAGCCGAGAAUUAUCGCCAAGUGAUUGGGACGAUCAUUGCAGCAUAUAAGCCGCUCAGUUUAAAUUCGAUGUCGCAGCUCCUAGGGAUAGCUGAGGAUGAACUCCGUGCGACCCUAGAGCCGAUCGGUUCAAUUGUUGAGUUUUCCUCGGAGAAAUCACGGCCCCUCCAAAGUUUGAUGCGGGUGCUUCGAAUUACCCCCGAUGCAGUAUACCCCAAAUUCUACCACGCAACGAUGAAGGAAUUUCUUACGGAUCACCCGUUUGGUCAUGAAAGUGAUCAGCCAUUCUUCAUCAGUGAUUUGGAGGGGCAUUUCUUGGGACCACCACUUCUUCGACUUGUAAAUGACGUCAUCAAACGGAAUAAAUCCAAAAUCCGUUCUUUUGGAGAUAGCAAGAAGCGGAAAGAACUUCAGGAGAAGCAGCAGCCUGAACAUGUCCAAUAUGCUUUCCGCUACUUGUUCUACCAUUUGGACCCAUCAAGACUGUCUUCACAAGACUCCAACGAAUUCAGCAGCGAGUUUGAUGUCUUCCUCACCCGAAACUUACUUUCAUUCUUUAUGCUAUCACAAUUUGAUUUCGAGUUGCCCGACGAAUUGCUUCGAUCUAACAAUCACAAUUUGACUGAAUGGUUUGAAGAAGUCAACAGGGUGAAGGAUAUAAUAAUUGAAAAUAAACUCAGCCCCUCCCAUAUUUUUCGGUCAAUUCUUCCCUUCACUCCAUCCUCAUCCCCGCUUUUCAAGUCAUAUGGACAUCUCUCCGAUCCCAUUCGGAUUUUCAGCAUCACUGGGGAACCCUCUAGCCAUUCAAUUCCAUUAAGCGGGGACACCCUUAGUGCUCAAAGGGCUAUGGAGGCGAAACUCAGUGUGUUACCGAUAGAGGUUGGUGGAUCUGGGAUGGAUGAGACGGACAGUAUCGAUCGGGGCGCUGAACUUCUUGAUCCUGAUAUUCGUAAUGGUAUUGUGACCGCUGCAGCACUCUCACGAGAUGGCCGCUACAUCGCACUCGGCUUUGGGAACGGCGUUAUUGAAGUUGCUGACAUUGACCAUCAACACACCGUCACUCGUUUCCAAUGUGAUCCACCCAAUCUUCCGGCCUGGAUUGAAUUUAUCUGUGGCAGCCACCGGAUUGCCACCGAAGACAACGAGGGAAACAUCAGGGUCUUCAGUCAUGGUUCGCCAUCUGUGAAGAUCGGUACCCUCCCCAGCGGACCUUGCCUUCCCGUUACUCUGGUCGCGGACAACGGGUCAUUUAUCAUACGAGUUCCUCGGAACAUGGACUGCCAUUGGUGUGAAAGCAUGGCGAUCUUGUAUGUUUCAGAUGAGCCAUCCAUCCACCCUCUUUCCUCUCCUCGUUCCGUUGCUUCGGCCUCCAUGUUAGCCAUGCCUGACCGUUGCACACUUGGACUCUCCCCCGAAGGACAGUACGUCGUCGUCCAUGAUGGCAAUAAUAUCGCUAUUUGGUCAACAGAGACGCGUGAGUUGAUUCAAUUUCGCGUAUCUAAAUCCACACUUCCCGUCUCCUACAACACAUACCCUUGCCCACAUCUCAUAACCAAAACCAGAACGACAAUUCCUUCGCACUUGGAGAAUGGCAUCCCUCGUGUGCAGAGCCUCAUGGCUGGGCGUGAUGCGGAUCUAUUGUGGCUGGAACGACUAUCCUGUGAACCCUCACUAUGGCUCACACUGACUUCGGAUAUGCAUCAGUGGCAUCAUGUCACCCGCUUAGACAGAUUCGAUGACACUGACCCAUUCGAGCCAGGAGGACCCAGGCUAACACAGACGAUCUGGCUCAACGGUACCCUUGAACUGCUUCUCCCACCAGACUACCGCCCGAUCAUUCUUGAUAAGCACCGGAUUAACAGUCAAAAAGUAUGGUAUGGGGAUCGAAUGGUGAGGGAUAAGUAUAACCUCUACCUUCCUUGCGCUAGCAAAGAUGGGACUCGAUUUUUGGUCCAAGGUCGUAUGCGAGCCCCAAUCGUUGUCGAUAUUAGCCAAGUUGUCUAGUUCUUUUGUGGCAUUCACUAUGGUGCUUUUUUCUUGCAUUGUUUGUGUCCCGUUGUACAUGUGCAUUAAUGUAUUUGAAAGUCAGGGACGAGCAGCAAUAUCCAUGAACCUUCAUCUGAAAGACGAGCUUGUUGGGCA